AUCGGAUAUACUGCGUAGAUAUUCGAUACCAAGUUGACAGACGACAGAGUGAAAUUUGGAGUUUGUUUCUUGCUAUUUGAGUAUCAGCUGUUCUUUGUUUUCUUUAUACAAUAUCUGAUUGCUAAAAUAGUCCAAAAUGGGAAGAAUUUUUCUUGAGCACAUGGGUGGAAAUCGAAUUUUUGCUUGUGGUAGAUGUGAUACCCAUUUAACAAAUAGGGGAGAGUUGAUAAGUACCAGAUUUACUGGAGCUACAGGACGAGCCUUUCUUUUUAACAAAGUGGUCAACUUGACUUACAGUGAAAACCAAGACAGAGUAAUGUUAACUGGACGUCAUAUGGUGAGGGAUGUAUUCUGCAAAGCCUGUAGUACAAAACUGGGUUGGAUGUAUGAAUUUGCUACAGAAGAAAAUCAGAGAUACAAAGAAGGACGGGUAAUUCUAGAAAGAGCUCUUGUGACUGAAUGUGAUGGAAUGGAAGAGAGAUGAAAGACUGAUUUUGUAGUGAAUAGUUGUAUCUUGUUUUUUAACUUUUUGAUGAAAAUUACUCUUAAGACAUAAACUAGAUUUUCAUAUUCACUUUGAAAAAAUGAUUUCAUUUAAUUUUAUUGAGAUGUGACUUCAAAAGACCAUUUAUUAAAAAAUUUUCUUUA